CACUGUGCCAUAGCGGGAAAGCGCGAGGGGCCCCAUAUUUGAGGCCAAGAUGACGACGCCCGAGAAGAAGCAGAAGUCCAUCGCCGCCUUCUUCUCGCCUGUCACCCGGGCGGCGGCGCCACCGGCUGCGGCGAAUUCCGUCGAGGCCCAGCCAACAGCAGCGAUCGCAGCGACCAAGCCGACCGCUUCACCGACGCAGUGCAAGUCGUCGACGCCCAAGCGCACUUCGAUCAAGAAAUCGAUCGAAGAAAGCGCCAAGCGAGAGGCUACGGUUGUCGCUGUGGCAUCGGUCGCCACGACUCCGGUGCCCGAACCGGCGGAUGCGGCGGUCCGUAGCACACCGCCGAGCCCAGAGAUAGCGUCGCCAACCAACGAAGAAAAGGCCGCUCCGCCGACUUCGGGAUCAGCCAAUGCACCCAUUGAUGUGGCCAUGGACAGUGACGAUGCUCCCGUAACAGCAACGAAGAAGCGCCGCUCGGACCCUGCAAGCGAAGCCAAGGCACCUGCAAAGAAGCAUAAGAGCAAGGCGCCGAUACGCAAAGAAGAAAGCGACAACGACGAGACUGCCAGCGUCGAAAUCGUCGACGAGCCGCCCGCGAAAGAGACGCGGAAGCGGACGCGGCCCGUGCGCCAAGCGGCCUCGGCUCCCAAGACCGCCGAGCCCGUCGAAGUUGUGUCCAAAAAGCCGACGCCGCGCGCCGCCAAAAAGAAGAUUGUACCCGAGGUCGUGCUCGCGCCCGUCGUGCCACCGACACCCGUCGUCGUCUUGUCGCCGGCGCAGCAGCAGAAGCUCGACCUGUACCUCUCCAAGCUCCACGACGCCGAGCGUGCAAUCCAAAGCGGCGACCCUGUCGCCCACGAAAUCUACGGCCUCGCGCUCGACUCGCGGCUCGAGCUGCACGAAGCGCUCGAGGCCGAGUGCGCCACCGCGCUACGUUCUGAGAGCAGUGACGUCGCACUGGCGCUCAAGACGUACCUAGCGCGGUACGUGCAAGGUAGCAUGAACGCGCUCUCAGUUCUCGUGCGUGGCAUUCGUGCUGCCUGGGCGGUCCUCGCGCCGGACCACGUCUUCAACAGCGCGGCCGUCGAGAUGGAGAUCAAGGUCAUGGCCGAGCGCAUCGCGUACGGGGCCAAGCCGAAGAAAUCCAACCUCUUUGAAGACACGACGCCUCGCGCGCUAUACGUUUGGGAGGUCGGCAACCUCGACGGACGCUUUGGCGACGACGACUCGGUCAAGGUCAUUCGCCGCAUGCGCAAGCAGCGGAAGCGCACGGGCGCGUACCUCAAGACGCUCGACCGCAUCGUGAGUAUGCUUCAGGAUGCCAAGGUCGACGACUCCAAGCUCAGCGUCGAGGAGGCUAAGGCCAGCAAGUUCCUCGUCUCGGUCGAGAUGGAGAAGCAGCGCGCGCUCGAGAAGGAGCAAAAGGCGACGCUCGCCCUCGAGAAAGAGGAGAUCAAGCGCAAGGAAAAGGAAGACGCGGCCGAGAAGAAGCGCUUGAAAGACCAAGCAAAGGAGGACGCCGAGGCCGCCAAGCGCCGACAGACGCUUGUCUCGUACUUUCAGCCAACGCCCGCCAAACCGGCGGGCGUGCCCGCGCCGCCAGUGACGGUGGACCUCUCGGAUGUCGACGCUGAUGCUGCGGCGCGGCUGCUUGCUAUGGACAAGGCCCUUGGGCUUGCAGGGUCCACAGCAUCGGGCGACGUGGCGGCGGUCGCGUCCCUUCGCAAGCAGCGUGCGCUGAUCGUAUCUGGGAGCUGGUCCAGUCGCCGCGUGCGGCACCCGACGCUUGGGCUCAAGAAGCUGCUGCAGUUCCAUGAAAACUACCGACCCGCGUACUGCGGCACGUUCUCCAAGAAGACACGCGUACUGCGGCGCGGCCGGAAGCCGUUGGCGCUCGUGCCGUCGCUCGACUACACGAUCGACAGCGACGACGAGUGGGAGGAAGAAGAGGUCGGCGAAAGCCUCUCGGACCAGGACAGCGACGACGACGCCGAGGACGGCGACGACGCUCUCGACUAUGGCGACAAGUGGCUCGCGUACGAGGACGAAGUCGACUACGUGGACCGCGCACCGGACGACGAAGCGGCGACCGAGUCGCGCCACGUCAAGGUCUCGGACAUGCCCAAGGCGAGCAAGCUCACGAAGCUCGUGCCGCGCAUCAUUGGCCCUUUCUACACACCGUCGUCGGCGCCCGAGCUCGCGGCCUUUCACAUUGAGCUUCUGCAUCCGAUCGUCCUCGAGUCGCCGCUGCUCAAGAAGAAGGCGCCUGCUGUCGAGCCAGAGGCGACCCCGCCUGCGACCAAGGUCGUCGCCAAACCAACGUCUUCGACCAAAGCCGGCCUCACCAUGUGGCUUCAAGCCGAGACGCCGUCGCAAUGAACCUUUAUAUAUUCCUACCGUUUUUACGCCUG